CGGUGACUUCCUCGCUCUUCGGCAGCUACAUUGUGUGGAAAGCAGCACGUUGUCGGCUCCUCCGCGCUGAACUUUACAGCGAACUAACGCUCUCCUGGUGCGGGAGAUUAUAAACGACCGGCUAUUCUUUCAGACGUUUCUGAGUUACCCUCUUCUUGCGGGAAAAAUGUCUGCCUCGGCGGCGAAAGCGAGUAAAAAGGAGCUGAACUCGAACCAUGACGGAGCGGACGAGACCUCCGAGAAAGAGCAGCAAGAAGCUAUUGAACACAUUGAUGAAGUUCAAAAUGAAAUUGACAGGUUGAACGAGCAAGCCAGUGAGGAAAUCCUGAAAGUAGAACAGAAAUACAACAAACUCCGUCAGCCAUUCUUUCAGAAGAGGUCAGAACUGAUCGCCAAAAUCCCAAACUUCUGGGUCACUACAUUUGUCAACCAUCCACAGGUAUCUGCCCUACUGGGAGAGGAGGAUGAAGAAGCACUUCAUUACCUGAGCCGAGUGGAGGUGACAGAGUUUGAAGACAUCAAGUCAGGCUACAGAAUAGAUUUUUAUUUUGAUGAAAAUCCAUACUUCGAAAACAAAGUUCUUUCCAAAGAGUUCCAUCUGAACGAAAGUGGAGACCCGUCUUCAAAAUCAACAGAAAUCAAAUGGAAGUCAGGAAAGGACCUGACCAAGCGCUCCAGUCAGUCACAGAGCAAAGCCGGGCGGAAGAGGCAACACGAAGAGCCAGAGAGUUUCUUCACCUGGUUCACUGACCAUGCUGAUGCUGGAGCUGAUGAGCUUGGCGAGGUCAUCAAGGACGACAUCUGGCCAAACCCCCUGCAGUACUACUUGGUCCCUGACAUGGAUGACGAGGAGGCUGAAGGUGAGGAGGAUGAAGAAGAUGAGGAGGGUCUGGAGGACAUCGAUGAGGAGGGAGAUGAAGAUGGAGAGGAUGAUGAAGAGGAUGAAGGAGAAGAUGGAGAGGAUGAUGGAGAAGACGACUAAGAAUUAUCACCAACAAGACCCUUGACCUUCUAUUUCCUGUUUACUUUUCCAUUCAUGUUCGGGAGCAAAGGUUUUAUUUUUUUUAUUUUAUUCAUAUUUGCUUCACUUCCCAUCCUGAAGCCUCUUCACCUGCCGACGCCAUGUUGUUCUCCUUCGACUCCUCCGAGGCCGGUGGCACUUUGCCCUCAACGGAAUACCAUCUCCCUGACACAUUUCAAAAUAAUAAUAAAAUAUUAAAAAUAGUCAGCGCAGCAUUUUCAGUAGAAUUUGAAGAUGAGCUGCACAGAGUUUCUCCUGUUGGGGGUUGUGUGGUAAAUCUAAAGCCAUGGUGUAGUGCCCUAGUGUUAGGAGACCUUUCCAUAUUUUUAAGUGGGACAUUUUUUCCUUUAAUUUUCCCUUCUACUUGUGUGGUUAUCAGUACCAGCUCAUUCCUUUGACGUGUAUUGUUUGGGGUUGGGGGUAAAGGGAAGGCUGGGGAGGGGCAGCAGUCUGUUGGUUAUUGACCAGAGGUAAUUGACACCAUUUCUAUGGGUCUUUUUUUUUCAUUGUAUUGUUUUACAAAUAUCCACAAGAUUUGAAAUGACAUUUUUAAUAAAGAAUAAAACAAUAAAAAGAUGGUAACAUUUGG